AGACAACAUGUAUUUCUGUUACACAUGCGCAGUAGGAUCUUCCGGCCUCAGCCGGUGUUGUGAGACAACGCAGCUUCAGUGGGUCAAAGGUAAACACGGUCUGCAGACAGCAGCACGCAUAACUUCACUUGUGUGGACGCAGGGACAUCAAGUCAACACCAUCAUUUAUCAGGAAGAAGAAAUGGAUAAUGUUGCAUCAGAGUCUCUGGUGGAGCGGACCUUUCAGUACCAAAGCAGCAUGCCGCCCUUGCCUGUCCCGUCCCUAGAGAUGAGCCUCUCAAAGUACCUGAAUGCAGUUCGACCCUUUGCAUGUGAGGACGAGUUUAAGGCUACAGUGGACAUAGUGAGGAAAUUUCAAGAGGGAGUUGGCAAAGAGCUGCACCACAAACUACUGCAAAGAGCCAAGACAAAGAAGAACUGGCUGGAAGAGUGGUGGUUAGAUGCUGCGUAUCUGGAGGUCCGCAUCCCCGCUCAGCUGAACGUGAACUUUGGCGGCCCGGCGCCUUACCUGGAGCACUGCUGGCCCCCGGAAGAGGGAACUCAACUGCAGAGGGCCAGUAUCAGCACAUGGCAUACACUGCAGUACUGGGACCUGAUCCGCACGGAAAGACUCCCUCCCCAAAAAUCGGGCAAAAUCGUAUUAGAUAUGGACCAGUUCAGAAUGUUGUUCAGCACCUGCAAAGUACCUGGAGUAAAGAAGGACUCCAUUCGUAACUACUUCAGGACAGAGCGCGAAGGUCCAUGCCCCUCCCAUUUGAUAGUGAUGUGUCGUGGAAGGAUCUUCACAUUUGACGCAGUCUGUGAUGGACAAAUUCUCACCCCUCCAGAACUACUGAGGCAGCUAAGCUAUGUGAAAGAGUGCUGUGAGGGAGAGCCAGAGGGAGACGGAGUGGCUGCUCUCACCUCAGAGGAGAGGACUCGUUGGGCGCUGGCAAGGGAGCAUCUAACAAGCAUUGACCCACAACACAAUAACACAAUCCUGGAGACCAUCCAGAGCAGCCUGUUUGUCAUUUCUCUGGAUGAAACAACAACGUACUCCACUCCAGAGAACUACACAAGUUUGACCAUGGAAGCUCUCACAGGAAAUCCCACCAUCCGCUGGGGCGACAAAUCGUACAAUUCAGUCUCGUUCGCAGAUGGCACGUUUGGAACCACCUGUGAUCAUGCACCAUAUGAUGGCAUGGUAAUGGUUUCUAUGUGUUGGUAUCUGGACCAGCAAAUCAAAGACACAGAAGGCAAAUGGAGGGGCUCAGGCACAGUGAGACCCAUACCCCACCCCGAAGAGAUGGUGUUCACGGUCGACGAGAAGGUCCACAGCGACAUUCGUCACGCUAAACGGCAAUACUACGAGUCGACACAGGACCUGCAGGUUGUGUGUUACGCCUUCACAGCAUUUGGAAAAGCAGCCAUCAAACAAAAGAAUUUGCAUCCAGACACCUUUGUUCAACUCGCUAUGCAGUUGGCCUACCAGAAAAUGCACAAAAGGCCAGGAAGCUGCUAUGAGACAGCAAUGACUCGCAAGUUCUACCACGGCAGGACAGAGACAAUGCGGCCCUGCACCCAGGAGGCUGUGGACUGGUGUAAGGCCAUGAUGGACAAUACAUGUGACGUUGAUGCAAAGAGGAAAGCCAUGAGGCUGGCCUUCAUUAAACACAACAAACUGAUGUCUGAAGCCCAGGAAGGAAAAGGUUUUGACAGGCAUCUUCUCGGUCUGUAUCUGACUGCCAAAGAGGAGGGACAAGCCACUCCAGAACUCUUCCUGGACCCCCUCUAUGCAAAGAGUGGUGGUGGUGGUAACUUUGUGCUGUCGUCCAGUCUGGUGGGCUACACCACCGUGUUGGGGGCCACGGCUCCCAUGGUGCACCGUGGCUACGGCUUCUUUUAUCGUAUUCGAGAUGACAGGAUCGUAAUCUCCAUCUCAGCGUGGAAAUCUUGCCGUGAGACAGAUUCUGCGUCAUUAUUUAACAGCUUCUGUAGCUCCUUGCAUGAGAUGUUCCACUUGGCCACCACAUCUCAGCUAUAAGUACUCACAAAAUAAUGCACACGGGACUUUCGACAACCAGCGAGAGUCGUGUUUGUUCUCAGUAAAGAUCAAUGCAAAGGUACACAAUUUGUGCGGCAAGUGAAGCCACCAGCUUUGGCAUUAUUACGCAUCUAUUCCCUUUAUUAAAUAGUGGUGAAUAAGACAACUUGGGGUAAAUUAUUUUUCUGAGUUCAUACUUUAUAACUAAAUAGUAUUCAUUUUAAAUUGUUGCCUUUUAAUAAUUUACAUUAAGUUGAUGCUGACACUCGAGUGAGUAAAAAUUUAACUGACACAUUCUUACGGUGGACAAUGAAGAAAAAAAAACGUUGAUUGUUGUUGGCAUUUGAUGUUUCUGAUAUGAUGAUAGCACUUACGUUACUCUGUGACUCUGUACAUUAAAUUUUCUAUAUAAAUUAUUUGAAUUUGAAGGUAACCCAUGCAGUGUUGAGACUGCAGGGCACCUGUUGGUGGGAACUGUUUCAGGAUCCAUUGAAUAAAGUCAGCUCACACUGGCUGGCGUCGCCAGGAAGUAACGUUCCUACUGUAUUUUGAUCAUUUACACCGAUUGAAAUUGAUGCUUUAAAAUCCAGUUUAAAUUCAUCCUUUAGAAAAGGAAUUGUCGUGUAUUUGUUAGGGACCCGAUCUGCAUAUCUGUUGUUUUUUUUGCCCUGUCUGUGUUUUUGUUCUAUUUUGUCAAUCUAGUUUCCACCUCUGUGCCCCGCCCCUCUCUUGUGACCUCAGCUGUGGCUCAUUGCAGAAAUCACCUGUGGCGGUUAUAAAGGCUUCAGUGUUCCCAGGCCCGUCGUCACUUUGUCCCAGUUCCCACGCUGGUCUCAGGAAUGUCCAAGGACGAUGCCGAGUCAGCCUACGUUACACUUGCGAAGGAAGUCGUCAGCAAAUAUGGCAUAUAAGCCUCGCAAUAAAUGGGAGAAUUAAUGGAAAAAUGACUAAAUGUCUACUAACUCAAUAACUUAAAUGUCCUUAGCUUUACAAGUAUCCUUCAGCGUUCAGAGGCAAUAAUUAAAUAGGAUAAAGUUGAAUAUAAAAGUGGCUGUGAUUUUUUUUAAUCAAAGAUUAUUAAUUGAAUAAGUGACGUGCAUCCUAGGACUAAAAUAUAAAAUCGUUCUAAUUGCUAAUCAUCUCAUUUAUGUAGUUGAUUCUUGCAAUCUCCAUUUGCACAGCAAUAUAUUGUAUACACAUGCACUGUGAUAUGCAGCUGGAUUACUGUACAGGACAGACUGUCUAACAUCAAAAUAAAAACUCUGAAAAAUG